AUGGGCUGGCUGCGGGACGUGUUCCUGUACCUGGUCGGCGGCGUGACAUUCCUGCCGCUGUGCCUCUUGUGCUUGUACAUCUAUGACCUGCCCGCCGAGGCACCUCUGGAGGAAAGUCACAGCUCGCCGCUAAACGAGCCCGCACUCACCGACGAGGAGCGCAGCGAUGCAAAGAGUCUCUUGCUGCAGCACCAGGCACGCGAGGCGGAGCGCAAAGAGCCGGGCGCGAGCCACGGAGGGCAAGCGGACCUCUCAACAUGGCUCAUUGUAAAGAACUCGUGGAAGACGCUGCCGCGCAAGAGCGACGUGUGCUUCGCGAAAGACGGCACACGCCUUGCGCCGUCGCGCCGGAAUACCACGGCCGUCGACCAGGACGACGAGGAGGCGCCAGAGACCGAGGCGCCGAAAGCGCAGCGCAGCUACAUCUCGUACGUGUACCGUGGCCUGCGCGGCGCCGCGAGCUCCGAUUCCCUCACGGACGCCGCCGAGGAGCCGAUGCCCGGCGGCGACGCGGGACGCACCGACGACGAGUACGGCGUGUACUUUGCGAUCCUCAGGCCCCCGAUGCUCUACCUGUACAAUGCGGAAGAUGUGACGCGGCCCGGCACCGAGUGCGUCGCCAAGGUGUGCCUCACGAACAAGCGCAUCAGCAUCUGGGACCGCGACGUGGGCGACGUCGAGGGCGACGCGCGCGCGGCGUCGAGCAAGCCAGUGGCACCCGAGGGCACGCUCUUUACCAAGCGCAACGCGCUGCACAUCUCUGCGCCCGGCGCGCGCCGCGGCGAGCACUGGUACCUGAUGACGCCGCGCGCGUCGCAGCUCGAGGACUGGUACUUUGCCCUGCUAAACGCGACGCAUGCCAGCGGCAUCAAGACGUCGCGCGAGGCGGUCGGCGACCUGUUCAGCACGCCGGACAUGAAGACGCUUAUCAACACCCUCGACGACAUCCCGGACCAGAUGGCGCUGCGCUGGCUCAAUGCGAUGCUCGGCCGCGUCUUUCUCGCCGUGGCGCACACACGCGCGGCCGAGGCGGGCGUGCUUGCGCGACUCAACCGCCGUAUCGAGCGCAUGCGGUUCCCGCGGCUGCUCAGCGACGUAAAAAUCACGAGCGUGGACCUGGGCACGGCCGCGCCGACGUUUGGGCGCCCGAUCCUCAAAAAGCUCACGCCCGAAGGCGAGGCAAGCAUGGAGAUGGCCAUGCACUACACCGGCAACAUGCGCAUCAUCUGCUCCGCGACGCUUACGAUUCCGCUCGGUCAGCGCUUCAAGCCGUACAAGGUGUCGGUCGUGCUCGCAGUGGUGCUGCGCUCGCUCGAAGGCAAUCUCCUGCUCCAGAUCAAGCCGCCGCCGAGCAACCGCAUCUGGUACGGCUUCACGACCAUGCCCAAGCUCGACAUUGCGAUCGAGCCGGUGGUGUCGGCACGCAAGGUGCGCUGGUCGCUCAUCACCGGCAUGCUGGAAAGCAAGGUGCGGGAUAGCGUCGCAGAGAACCUCGUCGUGCCGCACAUGAACAGCGUGCCGUUCUUUAGCACGCAAAACGAGGCGCGCCGCGGCGGUAUCUGGCAAGAGGCGGGCGCAAAGCACAGCGCGCCGCCCGACGCUGCCCCGGAGCUCAAGGUGGACCCGGUGCCGAUGCCCAUCUCCCCGGCGUCGACAUUCAGCACGCUCUCCUCCCUCUCUGGGCUCGAGGAAGAGUCGCCGGUGAGCACGCGCUCCGAUCCCGCCUCGACGUCGGCCGCCAAGGGGCUCAGCACGCUCCUGUCCAACCACAGCGCCGCGUCGCUUGCGAGCGCCGCCGCGCAGGCGCAGCCGGGCAAGAAACGGUCGCGGUACCGUGCGUGGCUUACCGGGCGCAGCGCGACGCUCGACACGCCCCCGAUGGUGCGCAGCAACUCGGACACGCUCCCAGACGAGGAGCUCGAGCGGCGCCUGUCGGUCCCCGACGCGGCAGAGCCCACGAGCGACGCAUUCGCCGAGGCGGGGCCGUCGUCCGUGCCGCCGAGCGAGAGCUCGGUGUCUGCGUCCAACUCGAUCAAGUCGCUUGCGAGCAGCGACGAGGUCCCCGAGCCCCCCGAGAUUGUGCCGGUGGUGCCGAUCCGCCCGGACGUGCGCGUGCCGCCCGAGGUGCCGGAGCAUCAAGAGACGCCCCCGCCCCCGCCCCCGCCGCCGCGGCAGGACACGAUUGUGCCCCGCCAAGAGACGAUCGCGCCCCCACCGCGGCGCUUUGCGACCAGCGACGAGUUUGGCGACAUCCCCACUGCGCCGCAGCGGCGCUCGCGCAUGACGACCUUGGCACGCACCCUGCAGGACUCGAUGGACCGCGACGGGCGCCAGGUGAUUGCGCGCGACGCCAAAGACGCACUGAAACGCGGCUGGAGCAACUGGAGCAGCAAGCGCGUCGACGGGCGCACGAUGCGCAGCGAGUUUGGGUCGCCCACCGGCAUGCUCGCCGAAGGAGAGGCACGCCCAGAGCGCCCGGUGCCGCAGCCGCCGAUAGACCUGCCCGCGUCGCCGUCGCCGGCGCACAAGGAGGCAGGCGCGACACCGGUGCUCGACAACCCCGCGCUGCAGGACGCGGUGCUCGAGGCGCCUGCGCCGUCCCCGUCGUCUACGCUCCCGUUGGAUGGCGAGCCGGUGCAUAGUGCUGAGCGCGAGGAGCCGCCGGCGAGCGACGCGCUCGGCAUCGUGCACCAAGACAAGCUGCCGUCGCUGCCAGCCACGCCCGUAAUCCCUACCGAGUAG